AUGCGUGUGUAUAAGGUGUUAUUGGGUAAAGCAAUCAAUCGAGAGAAAGGAAUUAAUGUUGGUUACGAGUGGUUGUGCAAUAAGUACCGUACAGCUGAAGAACAUGUCUCUCCAUCUCGCUCGCCCUUCGCCGCCGCUGUCACCAUGGUGUUCAACCGCCCCGUCGUCGUUGCGGCGCUGGUUCUCCUGGCCGUGACCGCCCACGCCGCGGCUGUUGGUGAUGCCGAGUCUGCUGGCGAGGGUCGCAGCCUGCGGGUGCGGCGCGACGCAUGUGACGCCACGGGCUGGGAGUGGCUGAACGACGCCGCCUGCGCCACCAAGUGCCGCCUCGACGGCUACAAGGACUCCAAGUGCCUGCUGGGCAAGUGCGUCUGCUACUCGCUGCCUGCCAUCGAGUAGUGCGCACUCUGGACUCUGGAAUCUGGACCCACGGAAUUUUCCAACUACGACAACCCUUGUUAACACCUUUUUUUUUUACAGUGUUUCACGAUGUUUCUUCAAAGCUCUCCCGCUGAACCAUAGUCUACGUUUUUGGGUAGAAUGUUCAUGUUACAUUUUCAUCAAUUCUGUGUUCUAAACUUUUCAUGUAUCACAAAAUUAAACGCAAAAUAGCAUUAAGUUCAAAGAAUGUUUGAUAUUAUGAAUAUACCUCAUGAACAUCACUCAGGAAACAGAUAAAAUUAAAUAAUUUAAAAUUAAAAGUAAGAUAUGAAAAAUGUGAAGUGUUUUGUAUAUUUUAUAACCAAUAAAAUAUUUUAAAACGUAGACGCAGAAGCGUUUUAUAGAACUUUUUGUUCAAGAGAAGUAUUUUUUAAUUAUCUUCUUUCACUACAUCAUCUUCCAAUUCAUCAAUUAUUAAUAACGUUCGGAAACAAUUUUGGAUGAUGAAGAGACAAGUUGAAGUGAUAAAUCAGUAAUGGCUAAUUAGUUAUCCACUCAGACAAGUAUGUUGCUGUAAGAUUGACAUAAAUUCUCUAAGUUUACCGUCUUGAUACAAAGUAGGCAGCUACGACUACGUGCUACCUUUUGCUUUCUUUUGAUGCAUUUCACAAAACUGGUUGAUAAAUGUCAAACUUGUGCUGGUUGAAUAUUACCAUUCUAAUCACAUUGAUUAAUCGAAACAUUCUUUGGCACAUCGAAAGGGAAGAUAACAGAACUUUAUACAAAUUUAAUCACGCUUCAUGACUUAAAUUAUUUGCCGUGCCCAUCAUCUGACCCUGACCGCGUUCAGACAUUGCGCAAAGCGAGAUGUGGCCGCAGAGAAAGAGUUCCAUGGAUAUGGCCUGGUUUUCUUAAAUGGAGCGAGAGACAGCUAGGAUUAAUUACUGUCGGCUACGUUCAUUACUGCUCAGGUUUCAGCAGGGGUAAUUGUCCUAUUACUCACAAUCAGGAGAUAAAAUAUUAAUGACCGCUGUAAUGUCACCCGCUUUGCAUGUACAUUAAGAACACUGCGUUAUGAAGAGGGAGUCAGAAGUUAACGUACUUCCAAAUACCCAGAAUCCGUACGAAGAAUACCACAAACGACAUGGCUGCUGCUUUUGACAAUAAGACGGGUCAGACUAAAAAAACAAAUUCCUAAUUGAAAGGUCGUAAUGUGAGCUAACUAUUAAUGUAUGCAUUUUUAACAUUAAAAGAUCUGUACUUAGUAGAAGAAAGAACAAAAUAAAUAUCGCUCGCCCAUGCUAAAUUGUUUCUUCUCAAAAGCUUGUAAUAAAAUCGGUUAUGUGAGCUGAGAUUUUUUCUCUGUAAAUUAUUCUUAAGCACAAGAAGGUGACAAAAUACAAAAUAUGCGAUUAGCGAUUUGGAGUUAACAUGAUAAUUUAUAUUUGUGUGCUUCAGCCCUGGUAAUAAAAUUAAACGAAGUAGAUGAAAUAAUGUAGCAUAACUACGACUUCAUACCAUCCAGCAUUUCACACAUCCGCAAUAAAUUUCUUAGAAUCCCCUCCCCCGUGCAAACAACACACAUAAUUGACAUUAAGCAUAACGCAGUACACGUGUUUUGAAAACUACAAUAUGUGUAUAAAAUGGAGCAGAAAGGGUACGGACACACACAAUAUCCAAACUGGAUUUACACCAGCUUUAACUACACCUCCAGAAAAGAGGUCCGUCAAUAAGUAGAUCACUCCCGUACCAUAAGUAGUCCUUCAAAAAUAUUUUUUUAUGGAAGACUAAGCAGUGGUGCUUUGUUUUCUGAAAAUUGAAAUUGAAUCCUAAAAAUAAUUGAGAAACAGGUUUUAAAAAAACGUGAAACACGUAGAGACCAAAUUGUAAUGUAAU